AUGGCUCCUCCUGACCUAAAUUCUCUUCCUCCUUCGAGAUCAAUGUCUUCAUCACCGAUGCAACCCAGAUCAAUCCAGACCGCAACAUCACCGCCAGGCCGACAAGAGACCCCUUCACCUCGACCCUCGUCUAUAUCUUUAGCCACCGCCGCCCUCACCAACGCUGCAAAUGAGUCUCGGCGAUCCUCCUUGAGCAAUCGAGGCUCCCCGCGACUUGGACGAAUGCCCAGUGACCGCCGCCGCUCUCAAGUCGCAGUGAACCUCAACCUGAAUGACCCAACCCUCCCGGGCCCAGGUGAAGUCGUAAGCAGCGACUCACGACGUCCAAGCCACAGCUUCGUGUCAGCAAGUCCUUCGACAAUAGGUGGACGGUCAGCCAUAGCCACCGGCGACCCUCAUCACCAGCGCCAACACAGUCUAGGCGAGAUUCACAAUGAAUUGGAACAAGAGCAGGAAAUGCAAGUCAACCGCAUGCUACAGAUGAUAAGAGAGCAACAGCUCCAACUCGACUCCCUACGAAAUAAUCAAACAGACUCAAGUCAUACCCCAUCCCAACCAACUUCGGCAGUCACCGGCAACAGUACUGCGGUGCUCGACGACGAAACUCCCGCCUCAGAACGCUCCAUAUCAUUCUCCUUCCCCCCAGUCCAUCCCGCCAUCUCGACACAACCGACACCGACACAACGGAUAUCCCGCGUGCCGUCAAGUACAAGCCACUCGCCCGCCAUGCGAGCCCGCGAAUCCAGUCUGGGGACAAUCGGUGACUGGACUCCACCACUUCUCGAGAAUGCGCGCAGAAACAGUUUCCGCGACGAAAGUGCUUAUUACCAAGCGGAGACGGCCAACCUGACUCGAGAGAAUCAGCUGCUGCGCUCACGGAUCCGAGAGCUGGAGAAGCAGAUCGCCGAAAUGAGCGCCGUACCGGCCAAUACUCCACCUACUCCGAGCAGACUCGCAAUGAGUCCGCCCGUCGAAGCUGAAGUGGGGGCAUCGGACGCUGCUGCGAUCGCAGACAAGGCUUGA